AUGCAUUCCGUACUUGCUCAGGCUGCUAGCGGAGCCCUGAGCUUCGAGCUUCGCCUGGGUCAGAGCUCCGUCCUCACCAUAUGCAUCUUGGCCCUUUUGACUUUCGUUCUCCGUGAGAUUGUUCUGUAUUUCACGCGACAUUCCAUGCCCCCUGGCCCAUUCCGCUGGCCAGUGAUAGGUAAUGCUCUUCAGCUACCUCAGGAUCAUCCUUGGGUCAAGUAUACGGAAUGGGCAAAGAUGUACGGUCCCCUCAUGCAGUUAGAUGUCCUUGGACAGCACAUGCUUGUCAUCACUUCUGCACAAACUGCUCGUGACCUGAUGGAGAAACGGUCAUCUAUCUAUUCUGACCGACCGCACUUGGUAAUGGCCGGUGAUCUGGCAGGAUUUGGGGACACACUGAUUCUACAGAACUACGGCGAAGAGUUUCGGUACCAGCGGAAGCUUGUGUCUCACAGUUUUAGCCCGUCAGUCAUUCAUCGCUACUACGAUCUUCAAGAGGCGGCGGCACGCCGGCUUGUUCUGGCCGUUAUUGAGGACCCAGACUCGCUGGAAAGUUCCACGAGACUGCACAUCGCGAGCAUCAUACUACGCAUGACGUAUGGCUAUACAGUCAAGGGAGUAGACGACCCGUUGUUUACCACUGGGAUCGCUGUCAUCAACGGCUUCAGCGAGGCGACCCGACCAGGGGCCUGGCCAGUAGACUUUGUACCCAUUCUGCAGUACGUCCCACACUGGGUACCGGGAUUUGUGUUCACAAAGAAGGCGAGAGAAUGGCGCGGAGUGCUUGAGCGUGCACUGUGGGCUCCAUACUACUGGUGCAAAGAGAAUUAUGCUAGGGACGCAGCGCAUGGCCUUUGUCUCUGUGGAUCAAUACUCGCCGCGGAAGGUAGCCAGCUAUCCUCUGAUCAAGAGUGGCUAUUCGUCAACGCCGCAGUUACUGUGAUGGGAGGUGGCUUGGACACGAAUAUAUCAACCAUUCUCUCGUUCGUCCUCGCCAUGCUUCGCUUCCCGGAGGUUCAGAAGAAAGCACAAGCUGAGAUCGAUGCCGUCAUAGGCACGAAUAGGCUCCCCCUGAUCUCGGAUAGACACUCCCUGCCCUAUGUUCGUAGCGUGGUGACGGAAGUGUAUCGAUGGAUACCUGCCGUACCUUUAGGUAUCCCACAUGCCCUCAGACAGGAUGAUCACUAUGACGGCUUGUUUCUGUCCAAAGGCUCUGUUGUAGUGCCAAACGUCUGGGGAAUGCUCCAUGAUCCAUCCAUAUAUCCUGCGCCGCAUGAAUUCAAACCCGAGCGAUAUGGCGGUCUCGACGCUGAGAUGACGAAGGUUACUGACAUCGCGUUUGGAUUUGGUCGACGAGCCUGCCCCGGGUUCUACUUUGCGGAGGGCACCAUCUUUGCCAUUGUGGCAACCGUUCUUGCGAUAUGCGAUGUGGUGCCGACCGUGGAUGAGCACGGACAAGAGGUUAUCCCAGAAGUGAGCCUUACGUCGGGAGCAAUCGUCUCCCCGGAAAACGUCAAGUGUGCCUUCCGCCCGCGAUCAGGACGAGUGAAGGAUAUCCUCGUCGAAGCCGUUGAAACUGAGCAAGAAUAA